AUGAGGCGCGCGUGGCCUCCCGUUUACCGUCCGCCGCCCCAACAGAAAGUCGUGUCGGCCGCUGUGAUGCCGCAGAUGCAGUCGACGACGACGGCAGCCGCGACGCGUUACCGACGGGAAUCCGUUGCGGCCGCAGCCGCAGCGGGAGCGUGUUUCGUCAUCGCCGCGCCGUGUUCGUGCAGUCCGCCGUUGACCGUCCGCAACCAACAGCAGUAUUCGGCGUACAAUCAACACCGAGGACCGCCACCGCCUUUACCCUCACGGAACGGCUAUCCGUACCGCUGUUGCGUGGAUGGCCGCCCGCAAAAGUCGUCUUCCCAUCCAGCGGUGACGCGGUCACCUUUGCAGCGGCCACAUCAACAGCAGCACAACCAUAUCCAACAACAGCAACCACACCACCACCAACAACAACAACAACAACUACAUUCGCAGCGGCGGUGUGCGUACGUCAGGCCCCGGCCGUCCAGAUCGCUCGAAAACCUUCUCCGGGUCGUCGAACUUGAUGAUCCCGCAGCGGUGGCCGGCCACCAUGGUGUUUACGAAAAGAGUUGUCACUAUGGGAAUCCCAGACGCAAGAUGAAGGUGACCGGUAAAGAGAACAGACACGCGUGGAAGCGCAGGUCGAUGGAGAGCCUUCUGUCAGCCCGAGAUAUCACCGCCAAAAACUUUGAAUUCUUCCACCACCCGACGUCGACGGCGGCCAUCGGCAGCACCAAGACGGCCGGGGCCAACCACACCGGCGAUGGAUUACUGGAUGGCAGUGCAUAUAACAGCGACCAAAACGGCAAGCCCAGGUUCAUAGCGGUCACCCGGUUAGAGGACGUGCAGGCGGUCCGGUGCGCAGAGUUCCACCCGCACGGUUCCGUGUACGCGGUCGGAUCCAAUUCCAAAACUCUCCGGAUAUGCGCUUAUCCCAAAGUGACGGAUAUCAGAGAGAAUCACGUGGCCCAGCAGCCGACCGUGUUGUUCAAACGUACCAGACACCACAAGGGCUCGAUAUACUGCAUGUCGUGGACGCCCGAUGGAUCGCUCAUCGCUACCGGUAGCAACGACAAGACGGUAAAGCUGAUGCGGUUCAACUCGGACACGUCGAAUCUGGAGGGCCAGGAGAUCGAGUUGGCCAUGCACGAUGGCACUGUCAGGGACGUUUGUUUCAUCGAGGACACGACCAACAGGAGCAGUCUGCUCAUCAGCGGCGGUGCAGGUGACUGUAAGAUAUACGUGACCGACUGCGAGACCGGACAACCGUACCAAGCGCUCAGCGGCCAUUCCGGACACAUAUUGACGUUGUAUAAUUGGGGCGGAGCCAUGUUCGUGAGCGGGAGCCACGACAGGACCAUUAGAUUUUGGGAUUUGCGGACGAGAGGAUGCGUAAAUGUUGUCACGCCGAAUACUUCUAUGGCCAGUCGGCAAGGAUCACCGGUGGCCGCCGUCUGCGUGGAACCGUCCGGGCGACUGUUGGUCAGCGGUCACGAGGACUCGGCGUGCGUCCUGUACGACAUCCGAGGUUCCAGGAGCUUGCAGUGUUUCAAGCCGCACUCGGCCGACGUGCGUUCGCUGCGGUUCUCGCCAAGUGCCUAUUAUCUGCUGACCGGUGGAUACGACAACAAGCUGGUGCUCACCGACUUGCAAGGUGAUUUGACAACAACGUUGCCGAGCGUGGUGGUCGCUCAACACCAGGACAAAGUGAUAUCUGGCCGGUGGCACCCUACAGACUUUUCGUUUUUGAGUACCAGUGCCGAUAAGACAACCACUCUGUGGGCUCUACCACCAUAUAAAUAA